AUGCUUCCAUCGUGUCGCGCCACGGCGCCGAACCUUCGAGAGAGGCUCGGCAAGGUGGUUCCGUCCCACCAAGUGAUUGGCAGCGUGCAUCAGUACUACGUGGACAGGUUUGGCUUCUUCCCAAGCUGCCAAGUCGUGGUGUGGUCAGGUUUGGCUUCUCCCCAAGCUGCCAAGUCGUGGCGUGGUCAGGAGACAACCCUUGGACCUCCGCUGCCCUGCAUCCUCUUCAUGUCGCUCCCCUCUUUCCACCCCUCGUUUCCCGCCUCCCCCCUCUUUCCUCCUUGUUUUCCAGGUUUGGCUUCUCCCCAAGCUGCCAAGUCGUGGCGUGGUCAGGGGAUAACCCUUGCAGCCUUGCUGGUGUUUGCAGUCGUGAUGGAUCCUCAACCUGGUCUGGAGGGCCACGUGUUUCCCAACCCAGUGGAUCCAUCCUCGUUUAUGGCCAUGAUCUGUUAUACGAACGGGUCGCUCACUCGGCAAGGUGGGCGAAUGGGAUUCUACUAUCUUGACCCGGAGAUCAUCCCUCCACUGCCUGGUAAGUUGGUAACCAGGUGGGCAUAUGUGCAGGAGGGCAUUUGUGCAGGUGGGCAAAUGGGAUUCUACUAUCUUGACCCGGAGAUCAUCCCUCCACUGCCUGGUGGGCAUAUGGGCAGGUGGGCAUAUGGGCAGGUGGGCAUUUGUGCAGGUGGGCAAAUGGGAUUCUACUAUCUUGACCCGGAGAUCAUCCUCCACUGCCUGCUGGGUGCAUGGGCUGGGCAGCUGGGUGCAUGGGCUGGGCAGCUGGGUGCAUGGGCUGGGCAGCUGGGUGCAUGGGCUGGGCAGCUGGGUGCAUGGGCUGGGCAGCUGGGUGCAUGGGCUGGGCAGCUGGGUGCAUGGGCUGGGCAGCUGGGUGCAUGGGCUGGGCAGCUGGGUGCAUGGGCUGGGCAGCUGGGUGCAUGGGCUGGGCAGCUGGGUGCAUGGGCUGGGCAGCUGGAGUCGUUUUUGAGGCGCCUCAAAAACGACCUCGGUGAAUGGGCUGCGCAGCUGGGUGCAUGGGCUGGGCAGUCCCCCUUUCUUACAGUGGGGACCCAUCGCUUUUCACCAACAGAGGGCGUGAGUAACUUAUUCAAGGCUGAACGGGCUUUCAAGAGUAAUCCUCUCUCUCUACUCAUCAACAUUCUGCCUAUCUCAUCGCCCCUUUGCCGCAUCCUUACAAGGGCGGAUAGUGAAGGGGCAGAUAGUGAAGGGGCGGAUAGUGAAGGGGCGGAUAAUGAAGGGGCGGAUAAUGAAGGGGCGGAUAAUGAAGGGGCGGAUAAUGAAGGGGCGGAUAAUGAAGGGGCGGAUAAUGGAGGGGCGGAUAAUGAAGGGGCAGAUAGCGAUAGAAUCACUAUCAGGGCAUUGGUGGAAGGGCAGUUGGUGUCAAUGAGAGGGCAUGCGGAGAGAAUCGGGUUGCAAAGUCCACCUGCCCGGAUCAUUGCCACGGGUGGCGGCUCAGCCAAUGAGGCAAUUUUGCGCACCAUGGCAAAUGUUUUUGGCUGCCCAGUGUAUACCUCCGCAACCACAGACUCUGCCUCGUUGGGAGCAGCGCUGAGAGCAGCACACGGCUAUCUCUGCCACACCCAAGGCUCCUUUCUCCCCUUCACCUCCCUCCUGGCUCAAGCCGGUGCCAGCUCAGCAAGUGCCACCUCAGCAAGCGCCACCUCUGCAGGUGCCAGCUCAGCAAGUGCCUCUGCAGAAGGUGCCACAUCAGCAGCAGCCCCUAGCGCUGUGUCUCUUUCCGAAGCAAUCCCUGCCGGAUCCCCGGACCUGCACGCAAGGUACGGGGAUAUGGUGGCUCGGAGAAUGGCUGUUGAGAAACAGCUACUGGAAGAAGCUACGGGGUAA